GGGGCGGGACCCAGGGGUUCCCCCGGCUGCAAUUAAAACCCCGCUUUCUUCUGCAGUUUAGAUUGUUCCUCUUUUUUCCCAUCGGAAGGUUAGGCGCCCUCUUUUUUUUUCUUUUUAAAGGGACACUGUCAGCCCAAGCCACACCCCUCCUGCCUUCCCCUCUGCUGCCGGUGCUGCUCGCAGGAAGCGCCGCGCGUGGCUCCUUGGGCCGGCGCAAAUGCCCCUCCUUCACUCCACCCAUCACUCGGGGCCAGCAUUUUCUCAUCCCUGCGUAAAAACCACCGCACCCCGAAUGGAUAGAGAGAGAUCCCUUGGGGAACGAGGAGAAACGAACCCCCUUUUCCGGAUGGGAAACGGGUUUGCAAGCGCUCCGUUUGCAAUGCCGCAAGAGCCAUUAAGUGUCAUGUUGGGUCCGCGUUGACUUGAUGAAUGCGCGGAAGAUUUCCUAUGUGUACAUAGACAGAUCGACAGGGUUGCUUUUUCUUUCUUUCUUUCUGGAUCUUCUCUCUCUCUCUCUCCACCACCCCUCCUUUAUUGUUCUGCAUUAGACAACAAAGAAAAGGAGCCUUGCCUUAGAGGGGCGGGGCCAAGCAGCCCAGCCGGCCCGCCCCCCUCCGCCGGGCCCGGCCAAUCGAAUCGGCUCCUCCAGCGGCGCUGUCGGCGGCUCCCCUCGGCUCGCUCGCUUUUCCCGGCCGCUUACGCUGCGGCGCUCUGAUUUCUCCUCCCCUCCCCCGCUCCCCUUUCCCCAGCGCUGUCUGGCUGCAGCAGAGGCUCAGACAGAAAAGAGGAGGAGGAGAAAGCGAGCGAGAGAGAGAGAAAGAAAGGGGGAGAGGAGGAGAGAGAGAGAGAGAGAGAGAGAGAAAUCGCUGAGUGAGUGGAAGCUGGGAGGGGCUCCUUAAAGAAACGCCUGCCAUCGCGGCCAGCAAAGGAACUCAAGGGGGGGAGCCAAAAGCACCGGAGCGCUUCUCUCUAUUCUCUGCACGCGCCCCCCCCCGCGCCCCCCCCCAAGGAGGAGGAGGAAGAAGAAGAAGAAGAAAAAGGGAAAAGCUUGGGGGGAGUCGUGGUGGGGUAUUUUUUUCUCCUUUUCUUGGAAAGCAUCUUAUAAACCGGAUUGCACUGGAGGGGGGCUUCUUCUCCUUUUUUCAAGCGGCGCGCAAGGAAUUUACAAUCUGAGCAUUUUUGCCCGUUUUGUUUUGUUCUGAGCCAGCAUCCAGGAUCUGCUUGCCGGGCUUCUCCAACCGCUUCCUCGCCUGCCGUUUGCUGGCCAUCUGCCUUGCCUGUUUCCUUUGUGUCUGCCUUCCAGCUCCCCCCUUCUCCUGGUGUGUGUGUGUGUGUUGGUGCUGCUUCCCUUCCCUGCUUCCCUCCCUCCCCACCCCCGCCCCCCACUCCUGAUCCGAGAGCGCAGGAGGGAAAGGAAGCGGAGGGCGCGAUCCCCCCACAUCCACCCGGGACUAUGCCCAGCUCCUUGUUUGCCGACAUGGAGAGGAAUGGGAGCGGAGGAGGCGGCGGUGGAGGAGGAGGAGGCGGGGAGACCCUGGAUGACCAAAGAGCCCUUCAGAUCGCUUUGGAUCAGCUCUCCCUGCUGGGCUUGGACAACGACGAGACGGGCUCCCUUUACGACAACGAGCCGCGCAAGAAGAGCGUGAACAUGACCGAAUGCGUCCCGGUGCCCAGCUCGGAGCAUGUCGCCGAGAUCGUGGGCAGGCAAGGUUGUAAAAUCAAAGCGUUGCGGGCCAAAACCAACACCUACAUCAAGACCCCGGUCCGCGGGGAGGAGCCGCUCUUCGUUGUCACGGGCAGGAAGGAAGAUGUGGCCAUGGCCCGGAGGGAGAUCAUUUCGGCGGCGGAACACUUCUCCAUGAUCCGCGCCUCCCGGAACAAAAACACCGUGCUCAACGGCACGGUGCCCAGCCCGCCCAACCUGCCGGGCCAAACCACCAUCCAAGUGCGGGUCCCUUACCGGGUGGUGGGCCUGGUGGUGGGGCCCAAGGGGGCCACCAUCAAGCGCAUCCAGCAGCAGACGCACACCUACAUCGUGACUCCCAGCCGCGACAAAGAGCCCGUCUUCGAGGUGACCGGCAUGCCGGAGAACGUGGACCGCGCGCGGGAGGAGAUCGAGGCGCACAUCGCCAUGCGCACGGGCGGCAUCAUCGAGCUCACCGACGACAACGACUUCCACGCCAACGGCACCGACGUGGGCUUCGAGCUGGCCGCCGGCGGCGCCGGGAGCCUCUGGAGCAAGCCCACGCCGCCCCCUCCGCCGCCGCCCCCUCCUCCGCCGCCGCCCCCUCCGCCGCCCUCCUCUUCCAGCAUCACCCCGACGCCGGGCCGCAAGCCCUUCUGCAGCUACCGCAACGACAGCUCCAGCUCGCUGGGCAGCGCUUCCACCGACUCGUACUUCGGCAAUGGCGUCGGAGGAAGCGGCGGCAGCAGCGCCCGCUUGGCCGACUACAGCCCGCCCAGCCCGUCGCUCAGCUUCCCGCACCACAACGGCAACAACAACAACAACGGCUACGGCGUCUAUGGCGGCGGAGAGGUGCUCUCGUCGCCCGACUGCUGCGCCUCCGAGCUGCCGCCCUUCGAUUCCCCGCCCGGCUUCGACUUGGCGCCGGCGCCUCCGCCCGGCGCGCCGCUGCUCUGGUCGCAGUUCGAGCGCGGGCCCUCGUCGCCCGGAGCCGUCGCGUUUCCCGCCGGUGGCGGCGGCGCGCCUCCGUCGAACGCCAACCUGGCCUUGCUGGUGAGCAGCGGAGGGCAGAGGCGGGGCGCCGGGCCGCCUCCGCCCCCGCCUCCUCCCCCUCCCACGCGCCUUUCCCCGCCUCUGCACGUCGGGGCGGGAGGCGUGGCGCUGGAGCAGCACCCGCUGGCGCGGCGGGUGCGCAGCGACCCGGGCGGCCGCCUCAUCGCCGCAGCCGUGGCCGCCGCUGCUGCCGCCGCCGCGGCCGCUGCAGCCGCUUCCUCGCCGUCCGCCCCGUCGUCGUCGUCGUCGCCCUGCUCCUACCCUCUGUACGCCAACGGGCUGGGCUGCCACUUGCCGGGCCUGCCGUCGGAUUCGUCGGCCUCGUCCUCCUCCUCGUCCAGCUCCUCUUCCAGCUCGUCGUGCUCGUCGUCGGGGCUGCGGAGGAAAGGCAGCCGCGACUGCUCCGUGUGCUUCGAGAGCGAGGUGAUCGCGGCGCUGGUGCCCUGCGGCCACAACCUCUUCUGCAUGGAGUGUGCCAACCGCAUCUGCGAGAAGACGGAGCCCCAGUGCCCCGUGUGCCACAGCGCCGUCACUCAGGCCAUCCGGAUCUUUUCCUAAGGGUCCCCAAAGCGCGACCCCUCCCUCCCUCUCUCCUUCCCUCCCUCUCAUGGGUGCCAACUUGAAUUAAAAAAUGGGUGUAGACGUGUGCCAGGCCAGCUGCACCCUGCAUAAUGGAUCGCAAGGCAUGGGGUGCCAACUUGAAUGAAAUAUUGGGGGCCCCGGCAAGCCCCGCCCCACGUCAUUGAUCACAUGAUGCGGUGCAUGCACCCCAUUUGAAGGGCAAUGCCCACCAAUUUUAGGGGGCCCGCCCCAUCAAUUAUUUUAUGGGGGCAAAGACCCCUCAGAGUUGGCUCCUGUGAUGCACCCCAUAAACUUUUGGGGGGCCCAGCUCCCUCAAAUACUUUAUUGGGGGGGCAAAGGGACCUUGACCUCUCGGAGUUGGCUCCUAUGCUCCCUCUUUCUCUCUCCCUCCCCCCACAGACAAGCAACCUCCUCUUCUUCAAAAGGUCUUCUACUUGCCUAUAUACAUGCAUAUAAAUAUAUAUAAUAUCUGUGUCGAGCUUUUAAAGCUGCAGUAUCCGCACAUCCCAAAAAUAAUAUAAAUAAUAACAGAGUGGGGGGACGGGGUGGGGGGGAACCUGACGUUUUGCAGGAUGGUGACCAUCUUGGUUUUUGAAAAAAUAACUUCUGUUUUUGUUUCCUUGCAUUCUUGAGUGUGCCGUAGCUUAGGAAUGGGUUUAAGGGGGAUGUUUGUGACACCUGGUGCAUGCUAUAAAUAUUAAGGAACGACAUUCUAGUAAUAGACUAGUUUUUACACUUUCUCUUAAGGCCAAGCUUCCAAAUCAAAUGAUCUCUCUCUCUCUCUCUCUCUCUCUCUCUCUCUCUCUCCUCUCUUCUCUUUUUCUCCCUCCCCCCCAAAUUAAAAUAGGAAAUGCAUAUGGAUUAUGAUGGCGUGUGAACAGUUAGUAUAAUGUGCUGGUAGUUGGUAGAUUGCUUAUUGAGAAAUAAAUCUAUGGAUGGAUAACUUUUCUUGAAUGUUCUCGAAAGGGCAAGAUUUUUUCCUGUGAAUUUUUAAUAAUAAUAAUAAUGAUGAUGAUAAUAAUAAUAAUGAACUUAUGAUACUGCAGCUUUAUCAAAGAAAAAAAGAAGAAAAAAAGGAAACUGUAACAUAUCUCUUAUAUAUAUUAAAACGUUUAAAGGUUUUAAAGAUAAAUUGCAUUAAUACAGAUUGAAGUAUUUUAUUCUUUUUUGACUUGAAAAAUUAUAUUUCAUAUUGCAAAGAUGUUUACAAGUAUUUUAAUUUAAGUUCAGUGAACUUUUUUGUAGCUGGGUUAAAUCUUUUUUAUUUUUUGGUAUGGCCUUAUGGCGAAGAACACUGUAUUAUUUUACUAUCACACAAUUGUGAAUGGAAUUGCAAAACCAUAAAAUGUGUAAUACUUUGAACAGUAUUCUGUUGGGAUGGAGAUUUUUUAUAGGUUCAGAAAAAAGAAAUCUUUUAAAUCUGCUUCACCCAGCAUAUUUUCUAUUCAGUGAUAUAAAGCAUAUUUUAUUCUAUAUUAUUACAAAAAAAUGGAAGCGUUUAAGCAUAAGUCAAAAGGAACUGUUGAUGCUUUCUAACAUUUGUAUAAAUAGAAUUCAGUGGAAAUUACAAAAAAAUUCUGUUGCACCACUAUAGUUUAGUAUUUCUAUUUUAAUACAUUUGUUUACCACUUGUUUAUGUAUAUGUAGGUGAUGUUACUUGAUCUUAAAUGUACUUUACUGAGCAAAGUUUAAAAACAAAGUAUAUUUUAUUUUAUGAUAAAGGGCCUUUAACCUCAUGGUCAGAUACUAAUAUUAUAUUUGCUGAGACAAGAUUUGAAAUUGUAUCAAGAGUUUUAUUUUUCUGACAUUUAAAGUUCUACAUAAUAAAGGUAAAACUUAAGUAAUGGUGCUACUUCAUGUUUUUUUAAGUAUUUCUAUAUAAAUAAAAUAUUACAGAAAAGCA